UGGAUACUCUUGUAAGAUUGAAAGAGUUGAUGUAAAGAAGGUGAAAAAGAUGAUAGCUGUGACACAUUUUUGACAAAAAAGUCACAGCAGUCCUGAUCACACUGAAGCCGAAUGUGCCCCCGCGCGUUCAUAUGCAACGCAAAGGGCUGCCAUUGACAUCAUUGUAAAUCCUUUGGCGUUGAAUGUAGACUCAAGAAGGCAACGGAAACUUCUCGGAUGAUCUGUGAUUGGUCACCAACAUCAGGCGAGAAUUUGGGACAAAUGUUUCGACUACACAGUUCCAUAUGUAUUUUGCUGGCUUUUAUAACGGGCUGCUCUGGGGAGUCCGCAUGUGACAAAGAAGGUGAAAAAGAUGAUAGCUGUGUCAAACGACAAGUUUUUGACAAAAAAGUCACAGCAGUCCCGGUCACACUGAAAGAAGGUUUCACAGAUAUUUUUUUUGUGGGCAGUCAAAUCAGUUUAAUUCACAAAGGUGCAUUUGCCACAAAUCCUCAGCUUGAGAAGAUUGAGUUCCUUGGUGCCACUACAGAUUCCAUUGAGCCUGGAGCAUUUGAGGGCUUAAAUAACCUUACGCUCAUUGAGAUAUCUAACACACCACUGGAGUCACUUUCUGUGGGAGUUUUUCAGGAUUUGAAAAGCCUCGAAACUCUUGUUCUGAAAAACAACAAAUUACAGAGUUUACAGAAGGGAUUGUUUGAUGGUCUUGAUAAACUCAAAGAUCUACAGCUGCAUAUGAAUGAGAUUGCAACUAUCGAGGACGGGAUAUUCGACCAGCUAGAGAAUCUUCAGACUCUUCAUCUGGCAAAAAAUAAUGUCAGCUCCAUUUCAUCAUCUCUCAUCUCAGAAUUGAAGAAACUCAAAGUAAUCAGACUGUAUGAAAAUGAGCUAUCAUCUCUACCUGAUGGAAUAUUUGACAAUAUGCAAGGACUUACAGAGAUUGCUUUACAAAACAACAAAAUAUCAUACAUACAGCCACAAUUAAUUCCACACAAAAAUCAUUUAGGAAAGCUACUGUUAGACAACAACCUCUUGACAGAGUUGCCACCACAGAUGUUUGUCAACUUUCCAUUACUUAGAACAUUGACACUCCACAGUAAUCAAUUAACACAUCUGCCACCAAACUUAUUUGGAGAAAUGCCUAAACUUACAGAGUUAAGUUUUAAGAGCAACAAUCUCACCACACUUCCUCCUGGAGGCCUGAGUGUCCUUUCAAAGAUCAAAAAAUUGGAUCUGUCAGAAAAUCUGUUUGAAACUGUGGCAGGAGAGUUUUUUAUUGGUUUGGAGAAGGUUGCAGAUCUUAAUCUUCAGAAAAAUUCUAUUAAAUCCCUCACAUCAGACAAUUUUGAGCCAUUAAAAAACUCAUUAUCAACCCUGAAACUUUCUAGAAACCAACUGAAAUGGCUUCCAAAUGAUGUUUUCAGUUCUCUACCGAAACUGAGUAAAUUAUACCUGGAUGGCAAUCCUUGGCAUUGUGACUGUAAUCUGAUACCCUUUUAUGAAUGGAUGAAAUCCAAUCCCAAAAUGUUAAAAUCUGUAGUAUUAUGUGCCUCACCUGAGUCUUUGAAAGACCAAGAGAUCAUCAAACUAGAAGAAAGUGUAUUAAUAUGCCCCACUACUCUGCCAACUACUACUGCUUUACACACUACUACCACUCCUAUGCCAACAACAACAACAACACAGACUACUACAAUGGAGACAACAACCAUGACUACAGCACUGCCAACCACAACACCUACAACUACAUUGCCAGUAGCUACGACAGUGCCAACAAUAACCUUUUACGAAUGGAUGAAAUCCAAUCCCCAAAUGUUAAAAUCUGUAGCAAAAUGUGACCAAGAGAUCAUGAAUCUAGUAAUAUGCCUCACUACCAGUGAUGUAUAAAGUAGAGAUCCAGGCUUGAGUAGAAGUACAAGUGCUCUAUCAAAAAAGUGACUUGAGUAGAAGUAGUCUCACUCUCUUUAAGAACCAUACUUAAGUGGAAGUACUAUAUUAAAUAUAUUUUGUUCUUAAGUAUUGAGAGUAGUUUAUUUUUAAAAUGACUACUCAAGUACUGAAAGUAAAAGUACAAGUAUUGUGUAAUUAGCUGACAACAUAGAGUAAAACAGGUAAAAUAGAAUAAAACAAGAAAAUAAAAGUAGUACAAAAAUAAGAGCAAGGUUAAAGAGCAAUAAAUGAAAUAAGAUAUCAAAAUAAAUAAAAAGAUAAAAAGAUAAAGAAUAAAAUAAAAAGCAGUAGGGAAUAUGGGAGGGAAUUAAAGGUUGUUAAAAGCAAGAGUGAAAAGGUAUGUCUUUAAGUUGGACUUAAAGCUGGCAAGGGUGGUAUAGAGGAUUUAAUAUGGGGUAGAAGGGGAUUCCAAAGGUUUGGGCCAACAACAGAGAACACCCGGUCACCUCUCGUUUUGAGACGAGCACGGGGGACAGAUAGGAGCUGUUUUGUAGAAGACCGGGUCGACCUUGGUGUGGAGUGUGGGGAAAGCAUUUCUGCAAUAUAAGGGGGGCUAAGCCAUUAAGAGCUUUAAAAACAAAGAGUACAAUCUUUAAAUCAAUUCUGAAUUUGACAGGGAGCCAGUGCAGCUGAGCCAGGAGUGGUGUGAUAUGCUCUCUCUUUUUAGUGCUAGUGAGCAAUCUGGCUGCUGCAUUCUGGACCAUCUGUAAUUUGUGGAUGUUGGAUUGAGUAAGACCUGUGUAUAAAAUAUUGCAAUAAUCAAGUCUGGAGGUAAUGAAUGCAUGUAUAAGUAUUUCAAGAUCCUUCUGUGAUAAAAGGGAUUUAAGAUUCGAUAUUACUCUAAGUUGAUAAAAAAACACUUCUGACCACACUAUUGAUUUGUUUAUUAAAACUAUCCAGCAUAACACCAAGAUUCCUAACCACAGAGUGCAGGUUAUUAGAGAGGGGACCAAGAGCACUGCUGAGGCUGGUGACAGAGGAAGGGGGGCAAAAUAUAAUGACUUCAGUUUUGCUACCGUUGAGUUGUAAGAAAUUGCAUGCCAUCCCAGAUUUAAUGUCAUUGAGGCAGCUAUACAGUUUGUCUAAUGUGCAUGUGGUCUGAGGGGCAACUGGGAGGUAGAUCUGGGUAUCGUCAGCAGAUAUUACCAUGGCCAUGUGUGAUCAUUUUUUUUUUUUUAAAUCAUGGAAACAGUUGCUAUGCUUUCCUGCCCCGAUCACUGGCUAAUUCGAUGAGAACAUUUUAGAGUCAAUACAGACAACAGCAUACAGUAUGAUUGGUUUGGCUCGGCAUUCACAGCAGCUAGGUCAGUGUGUGAACCAAAGAUCAUAGAGCACUCUAUGAUCUUUGGUGUGAACACAGCGACCGAAGGGACAAACAAACAACACAACACAAAACUUUGUUACUCUCUGCUCACUACUCUUACUCUCUGCUCACUACUAGGCCUACUGCUUCACACACUACCACCAUUCCUGUGCCAACAACAACACAGACCACAAUACAACAACCAUGACUACAGCACUGCCAACCACAACACCUACAACUACAACUAUGUUCACCACUUCAGUUCAGUCCUUUGCGUGACCAAUAAAUCCUAUACACUCUGAAGUAUAUGUGGGCUGUGGCAUACAACUAAAUUUAGAGUAAAGUCAAAUAUCAAGCAUGCCAAGUCAUAAUUAUUUAUUUUGUCCAAUUACAUUUUGUCCAAUUUCUUAAUUAUAUGUCAGCUUUUAUAUGCCACCAAUCACAUUUGCCAAUAUUAAAUAAGGCCAACUUACAUCCGUGCAGUCUCAAGGAGGCUCAGAUAAAGUCGCUUCAAAACUGGUGUUUUUGGACCCCUCAGAUACAGUAGAGCUUCUUUUCAACUAUUUUCAGCCACUGACUUAGUAGCCUAAGUAUAUUCAAAUUAUGCAAAUUAAGAGCUUAUUGAUUUUUAAAAAUAUUUUUCUUGUGUAAAAACAGGUACUUUAUAAUUUGUUCUAUUUGCUUUUAUGUAGAAAGAUGAGUAUGCUAUAGGGUGCUAAUCAUUAGUUAUGGAUUAAAAGUGUAGUGUUCACAUGCACUAAAUGUAAAUGUCACUUUACAUAAACCUUCAAAUAAGGGUUUGGAUGGGUGACAUAUUUAAAAAAAAAAAAAAAUUCAAAGUGGGCUUAAAUGGUACAGUGACCCAAAAAAACAGCUUGCAUAAGUUAACUUUUAAUAUGAAUUCCUUGUUAAUUCAGAAAGUUUGGCAGAAGAAGAAUAACUAUGAUGGCAAAUGUUAAAGCAUACAGUAUUUAGGCUACAGGCAUUUCUGUAUACUUUAUUUAAUUUUGGUGAGAGCAUGUUAGCUUUAUUUCCAUGGUAGUCAGUGUGUUCUAAUUAAGCCCAUAUCAUGUGUUUCAAUAGGAAAUAAUAAAAUUUUUAGGUUUGAUAGCUUUUUACUGCAAUCCUGGGUUUAGUCUUAGGCCUAGUUAUUCAUGUUUGUGGUGGUCCAUUGUUACAAGCCAAACAUUACAUGCAAGUUAAAAAAAUAAAUUUUGUAUAUUACUGAAUAAAUAUGUGUCUACUACCUGAAAAAAUAAUACAUUUUAUAUUUGUGUAAAUAAAUGUGCUCAUUUUAUUUUCAAGCCCAUGCCAGACUUUUGAUUUAAAUGUGUGAACUUAGAUUUUGGUGACCUUAUACCUUAUUCCUGUGUGAUAUGCCGUGUCAGUGUGAAAGAGUGAUAAUAAAUGUAACUUAUAUCA